GGGGGUUGGUGCGGCUGUUACAGUGUUACGUCAAGCAAACUGGUACAUCUUCAUUAUGUGAAAGGAGUUAUGUGAAUCUCCUUGUUCAAGCCUCCAAUUCCAAAGAAGCCACGAAAAUGCGGUGUGAAGUAUACCAUCAUUUGGAGUAGGGAUGUCCAGCAAGGAAGCUUCAAGCUUCGUACCACCAAAGGAAAUUUUUGGCCGCAGGGAUGAAGCAUAUGCUGGACGGUUGGAGAAGACGUCAUGGACGGGGAGAUGCGGCGGAGAACCCACCCCUACUGCUGCGGCGGUGAAUGUGGAGGAACUCCCAAUAUCUGAGCACUUUGAGCAGUGGAUGAUCCUCCAUGAGCGUUCUUACAGAGAUGAAGUAGAGAAGGCAGAACGGUUCGAGAUCUUCAAGAAAAACAAAGCGUACGUGGAUUCUUUCAAUCUGCAGGCGGCGGAGAAGAACCACACGUACACACUCGGAAUCAAUCAGUUCUCCGACAUGACUGAUCACGAGUUCUCCAUCAAAUACUUGAGUCGCCGUCCGCCGUCUAAGCGGGUCCGAAACCGGACGGCGGAGUCGCCGUCCCCGUCGUUUCUGAACAAAAAUGAUUAUAAUGUGAGUUUGGAUGAGCUGCCGGGCAACGUAGACUGGAGAGACAAAGGUGCUGUUACUGGAGUCAAGGACCAAAAAAGGUGCGGGUGUUGCUGGGCGUUCUCUGCGGUGGCGGCUCUGGAGGGGAUGAACAAAAUCUUUCUCGGAACGUUGUUUGAGUUGUCGGAACAGAACGUGAUAGACUGCACGCCCGACCGCGGCCAUGACGGGUGCUGGAGUAAACACAUGAUAGAUGCGUUCAAUUAUGCGGAGGAUAACGACGGCGUCGCGUCGGAGAAGGACUACCCCUUUGUGGGUGUUAGACAGCAAUGCAAAGAUUAUUACAUUCUCCCAACUGGGGGCAGUACCUCAAACUAUGGCGAGGUGCCGGAGAAUAAUGAGAUGGCUCUGCUCGCCGCCGUCGCAAGGCAGCCCGUCUCCGUCGGCCUCACUUACAGCCCUGAUUUCAUACCGAAUUUCAAGAGCUACCGCUCGGGGAUUUUCAACGGCGGCCUCAACGGCGACUGCGGAACCGGCAACAACCAUGCUGUCGCUAUCGUCGGAUACGGCACCGUCGUCCCGUAUGCUCCCUAUUGGAUUGUCAAAAACUCUUGGGGGGCUCGCUGGGGAGAGUAUGGUUAUAUGAGGAUGGCAAGACAGAAUGGUAAGGGUGGUGGAACAUGCGGAAUUAACAACGAUCCCGUUUACCCUAUCCCCUACUCCACUGAUUGAUUAAACUUUUAAUUAAGGAUGUUUUUUUUAUUGGAAUUUGUUGAUUUGGUGUGGUCUGAUCUGUUCUCUGUGUAUUUUAUAAUUGUCUGAUCUGAU